UCACUCUAGCGUCCAGCUUGGCUCAAGUGUUUGGGUAAAAAAGCAGAAAAGUAUUGAACGUAAAAAGGUAAGAAAGUAAAAAGUUCGCAAUGUCUACGCCACCGGUAAAGAGAAGCCGAAAAGUGAUGAAUCGGGCGAAUAAGAUGCUAGCGGUCUUACAUUCGGAGGUCCGCCAGCAAAACCGGGAUGAGGAAGUGCCGGGACCGAGCCGGAUUGUGCCUCGACUCAUUGAUUCAACUAUCCAGGGUGAAAAUCAACCCCAGGAGAUGGAAGAUUCUUCGCAGCUGGCUAAUUUCACCGACGCAGCAUUCGGCGAAAAUAGUUCUAAUAUUUUUGGUGGUGGUUCAGAAGGGGAUUUAGUUGUAGAAGAAUUAGAUGACAGUAGUACGGUAGAGCAAGGUGGUGGGAUAAUAGUGUAUAAGGUAGUUUAG